UGCGGUUGCUGAGAGCCCAGCACAGCAAUCCCGAUCCUCUCGGUCGUGAAGAAGGGAAGCGACGAGGUGGUUAGGGUUGGGGCCUGAGGCAAGGCUCUGCUCUUGCCAGAGGAACCGGAGCCAUGGCUCAGAACAUGGACCGUGGUGCAGGCCUCCUCGGCUUCCAGGCAGAGGCCUCUGUAGAAGACAACACUUUGCUUAUGCAGACCUUGAUGGAGGCGAUCCAGAUCUCAGAGGCUCCACCUACCAACCAGGCCACAGCAGCUGCCGGCGGGCCAAAUGCGAGUCCUCAGAGUUCACAGCCCCCUACUGCCAAUGAGAUGGCUGAUAAUCAAGCCUCAGCAGCAGCUGCUAGGCCUAAGACAGCCUUUAAAGGCCAGAAAGCCACCACAAAAGGCCCAAAUGGUGUCUAUGACUUCUCGCAGGCACCUAAUGCCAAGGAGAAGCCCAAUGCUCAACCUAAAGCUGGCUUUAAGUCCCAGAAUGCCGCUCCAAAGGGCGCAAGUGCUGCUUAUGAUUUUUCCCAGGCUGCAGCCACUGAGGAGUUAGUUGCCAACAAGUCUGAGAUGGCCUUUAAGGCCCAGAAUGGCACCACUAAGGUGGGUCCAAAUGCUACUUACAAUUUCUCUCAGUCUUUCAGUGCCAAUGAGAUGGCCAAUAACCGAUCUAAGACAGCCUUCAAGGCUUGGAAUGAUACCACUAAGGCCCCAACGGCUGACUGCCAGACCCAGAAUGUAAACCAGACCAAAAUGGCCGCUUCCCCGGAGGACAUAGAAAACAACCCAGGUGUGGCUGAACCUGAUGUUGCAGCUGCACAGACUUCAGCAGAUGGUCCUCAGGCUCAGAAUGUGGAGUCUCGGACUAUAAUUCGGGGCAAGAGGACCCGCAAGAUUAAUAACAUGAAUGUGGAAGAAAACAGCAGUGGGGAUCAGAGACGUGCCCCUCCGGCUGCAGGGACCUGGAGGUCUGCUCCGGCUCCAGUAACCACUCAGAAUCCACCUGGCGCACCACCUAAUGUGCUCUGGCAGACCCCACUGGCUUGGCAGAACCCAUCAGGCUGGCAAAGCCAGACAACCAGGCAGACCCCACCGGCACGCCAGAGCCCCCCGGCUAGGCAGACCCCACCAACCUGGCAGGGUCCAGUUGCUUGGCAGAACCCAGUGAUCUGGCCAAACCCAGUGAUCUGGCAGAAUCCUGUGAUUUGGCCAAAUCCCGUUGUCUGGCCUGGCCCAGUUGUCUGGCCAAACCCAAUGGCCUGGCAGAAUCCUUCUGGAUGGCAGACCCCACCUGGAUGGCAGACCCCACCGGGCUGGCAGGGCCCUCCAGACUGGCAAGGGCCUUCUGACUGGCCACUGCCUCCUGAUUGGCCACUUCCCACCGACUGGUCAAUCCCAUCUGACUGGCCAAUUCCACCUGACUGGAUCACUGCUGAUUGGCCUAUUCCACCUGACUGGCAGAACCUGAGACCCUCACCUAACCUGCGCAGCUCUCCAAACUCGCGUGCCUCACAGAACCCGGGUGCCUCACAGCCCCGAGAUGCGGCCCUUCUUCAGGAAAGAGCGAAUAAGUUGGUCAAGUACCUGAUGCUCAAAGACUACACAAAGGUGCCCAUCAAGCGCUCAGAAAUGUUGAGGGAUAUCAUUCGUGAAUACACUGAUGUUUAUCCAGAAAUCAUUGAACGUGCAUGCUUUGUCUUGGAGAAGAAAUUUGGAAUUCAACUGAAAGAAAUUGACAAGGACGAGCACCUUUACAUUCUCAUCAGUACCCCCGAGUCCCUGGCUGGCAUACUGGGAACGACCAAAGACACACCCAAGCUGGGUCUCCUCUUGGUGAUUCUGGGUGUCAUCUUCAUGAAUGGCAACCGUGCCACUGAGGCUGUCCUCUGGGAGGCACUACGCAAGAUGGGACUGCGUCCUGGGGUGAGACAUCCCCUCCUUGGAGACCUGAGGAAACUUCUCACUUACGAGUUUGUGAAGCAGAAGUAUCUGGACUACAGACGAGUGCCCAACAGCAACCCUCCUGAGUAUGAGUUCCUCUGGGGCCUCCGUUCCUAUCAUGAGACUAGCAAGAUGAAAGUGCUGAGAUUCAUUGCAGAGGUUCAGAAAAGAGACCCUCGCGACUGGACCGCACAGUUCAUGGAGGCCGCAGAUGAGGCCUUGGAUGCUUUGGAUGCUGCUGCAGCUGAGGCCGAAGCCCGAGCUGAAGCAAGAACCCGCAUGGGCAUUGGAGAUGAGGCUGUGUCUGGGCCCUGGAGCUGGGAUGACAUUGAAUUUGAGCUGCUGACCUGGGAUGAGGAAGGAGAUUUUGGAGAUCCCUGGUCCAGAAUUCCAUUUACCUUCUGGGCUAGAUACCACCAGAAUGCCCGUUCCAGAUUUCCUCAGACCUUUGCUGGCCCUAUUAUCGGUCCUGGUGGUACAGCCAGUGCCAACUUUGCUGCCAACUUUGGUGCCAUUGGUUUCUUCUGGGUUGAGUGAGGUGUUCGAUAUUGCUCAUCAGCUGCAAUAGUCUCUCCCCUGAUUUGAGGCUGAAGUCUCUGAUUCCUUCUAAAUACAGCUAUCUAGAGAGCCACAACUUACUGAUUGAAAGUGGCAUGCAAGAUAAAUUUAUUUGCUGUUCCUUGUCUAUUGCUUUUUUUUCCUUGUGUGCUGUCAAGUUUUGGUAUCAGAAAUAAACAUUGAAAUUGCAAAGUGAA